UCACUCUUCAAUUUGUGCCGUGGAUGAACAAGUGGGUGCGCUCGUUGCUGUCGCUUCCAUUGCGCUCACGCUUCGUAUCCCCGUCGGUCUCUAGUAGAAGCUCUCCAACUUUUGUCUCCGCUUUUGCGUCCAGUAACAUGUCCAGCAGUGACGCCGUGAAACUCUCGGAUGAGGAAUGGAAGCAGCGUCUGACGCCCAUGCAGUUUCAGGUGCUGCGUCUCAAGGGCACGGAACGCGCCGGUACUGGAGAGUACAACAAGCACAAGGAAACGGGUGUGUACGUCUGUGCUGGCUGCAAAACGGCUCUGUACACGUCCACCACCAAGUUCGACUCUGGCUGCGGUUGGCCUGCCUUCUACGACGCCAUCCCGAGCGCCAUCAAGGCUGUACCUGACGCUGACGGACAUCGCACGGAGAUCAUGUGUGCCAAAUGCGACGGGUGAGAAAGCAAAAGCUGUUAAGCGGUGGUAUUUGGUUAGUUAACUUGACGAAUUGUGUUGACACUUUGCUUUGCAGUCACAUGGGUCACGUGUUCAAGGGCGAGGGAUUCAAGACGCCAACAGACGAGCGUCACUGUGUCAACAGCGUCUCGCUCGUUUUCCACGCCGGCGAGAUUCCUCCUCAGUAAGAUGUCAGGUGAUACGUGCUUGCUGCAGUACGAGCUUGGAUCUUAAGUAGUGGUUAGCAGGGUUAAGUUCGCGAUAGCAAAGCACAUCAGGCACCAAGGUAACAUGAACGAAUCGAUAUUGCGCAUGAGUGCGAUUUCUACUAUAGCAAAC